AAAAUGGCGGCGCCCAGGCUGCGGCCGUGCCUUGGCAGGCUCUUUGAGAUGCCGCCUGCGCUGGGGUGCGCCAACCGAGUUUAUAGCACUUCUCAGCCCUUUGCGGAGGUGCUACGGCUGCCGAGGAAGCAACUAACGAAGCUCGUGUUUCCGCUACAGGAACUCGAGCGGCACCUCGUCGCGGAUUCGAGGUCGGAUCUUCACCUGAAGAUUUUCGACCCGAGCCUCGAGGACAUCGCGAGGGCGGAGAGCUUUUUCACGGCCUCGGCCAGAAACCGCAUCGAGUAUCUCAGCUCAGCAGAGCGUCUCGACCAUGCCCCGGACCUUCGCCUCCCAGAGGUGUGUUUUAUAGGCAGAAGCAAUGUUGGAAAAUCCUCCUUAAUAAAAGCUUUAUUUUCACUUGCCCCAGAGGUUGAAGUCAGAAUCUCCAAAAAACCGGGGCACACAAAGAAAAUGAAUUUUUUCAAAGUUGGAAAAUACUUUACAUUGGUGGACAUGCCAGGUUAUGGCUAUAGAGCACCGGAAGAUUUUGUUGAAAUGGUAGAGACAUAUCUAAAAGAACGAAGGAAUUUGAUGAGAACUUUUUUGUUAGUGGAUAGUGUUGUUGGAAUUCAAAAGACAGACAAUAUUGCCAUAGAAAUGUGUGAAGAAUUUGCAUUACCUUAUGUGAUGGUAUUAACAAAAAUUGACAAAUCUUCCAAGGGACAUCUUUUAAAACAAGUGCUUCAGAUCCAAAAAUUUGUUGAUACUAAAACACAAGGAUGUUUUCCUCAGUUGUUUCCAGUAAGUGCUGUGACCUAUUCUGGAAUCCACCUGUUAAAAUGCUUUAUAGCAAACAUAACAGGAAAUCUCAGGACUGAGAGCUGCCAGAUUCAGAAAUCUUCUUGCCAAUUAGAAUUAAACACCUAGAAUUUCAAAAUUGUUUUAAAUGUUCUGUAUCUAAAACGUGCAGAAGAAUCACUAGAGCUUUAAAACCUGCAUCCUUGAAAAACAAGAAUGAAUUUGUGCCUGAGGGAGGAAAAGGGUUUAUAAAUAAUAAGAUUAUACUGAUCAUUAGAACAGAUACUGGUAGUUUUUCCUGUUUUAACAAACUGAAAAACAAGAGCAUAUGGUGUUCACAAAAUGAAAAUGAUUUACCACAGAAAAGGGUUUGCCAUGUUAUUUAUUGGAUUUGUCUUCUAAAGAAAAUGCCUAUUAUGUAUAUAUUUUUAAAUAUUAAAAUGAACUAGUAAAAAAGGUUUCUUUUGUGUUAAGCAGUUAUAGACAGGUUGAAUACUCCUAUAUGUUCCUAUAAAUUAUCUUUUUUUCUGAGUUCUUUAUUCAAUGAGUCACCCUCAGGUAAACAUAGGAUUCAGAAUCAGAAGAUCAGAUAUUAUAAGUUCCAAUUCUAAUAUUAUAUGUUGGACUUUGGGAAAAUAACUAGAUUUCUUUUGAUCUUUAUAACUCUAGCCUCCAAAGUAGUAAAGAUUAUAAUGAUAUAAAUAAAAGGAUGUAUGCAUAUUCGUAAAACAAAACCAAAAGCAAAAUUCACAGAAAUUUAUCAUAGAAAAUAUUCUGUCAUGGAAGUAACAUUUUAUCUUGUGAAAGCCCAAAAAAAUUAGUUUCGAAAGUGAGAAAACUUAAGGUCAAGAGAUGAAGUUAAGAACUGGGACAGUUUAGAAUUGCUAUCUUAAGAUUCAGAGCGGGAAAGUAAAAGUGUUCAUUUGGAUUAAAGUUAAUAGAAAAGAUUUUUAUGAGGAUGCUAUUGACCUAUUCAUGUAAGUGACUUAUCUUUUCAAACUAAGGUAGAAUAAUGAAAGGUUAUAGCAAUAGCCAUGUAUAGAAAAUUAAGACUAAAACAACUCUGUAGCUUUUUUAGAAAAUUUAAUUUUUUAAUAUAUUUUCAGUUGUUUUCCAGUUGAUAACACUGGUCUAUUCUAAGCAGCAGUGUUUUAAACAAAAAAAAGGGACUUUAUAUAAGCAUUCACACAGUAAAAUAUAUGCCUUAGAAAUUGCCUUAGAAAUCAUCUCUGCUUGACAGUGUUACUACUUGUUUUAGCUCUGAUUUUUCUAAAAGCAGAAUCCAAGACAAAAAAUUGUAUGUGGUGAUUAAUUUUGGAAGUGAUCCCAAGGAACAGACAUGGUAGGGAAAUAAAACAGAAGAAAAGCCAACCACGGAUGUAUCAAGACACCACAUUGGCAGUAGUGCUGAUCUCAAGGGGCCUUCUUAGCCUUAUAAAAUGUGCCACUGAAUUGUCUUUGAAGGGAGUCAAGGAUGGCCCUAUACCUCUUACAAAUUGUACCUGUCUGAAUACAAAAUGGCUCCUAUAGCUUGCCAGAUGCCAGGAAGCAGGACAUGGGAGGUUCUUGGAGCAAGGGAUAAGAUGCAGUUAACUGCCCAGUCCUACUUAAAUCUGGUUGCCACAGAAGGGCCUGAAGAAAGACCAAGAGGAUUUGAAGUAAUAAAACAUGGAAGAUCUCACCAUUCUAUUCUCAUAAAUGACCUGAGUGUUCCAGUGCCACCAAAAGUGAUAAAAUUGGUAUUCACUGUGAUGACACCAACAAUUUUGAAUCUACUAGGUAAACUAUGCUUUUGUAUAUUUUACAUUUCACUUAAAAAUAUGUAACAUUUGAAUUUAAGUUGUUUGGAUAAAUGAACUGAUAGAGAAUUCUACAUUCCUUAUAAAUUAUCAUUUUGUGUAUGAAGCCUUUUACCAUUUUUCCCAGAUUUAUAAGGUCAGGAAAUGGAGAAAAAUGAAAAAAAGUUACUCCAGAAGAACAGUAAUGAAGUGGAAAAUAAAUACUAAACUUAUCCAGUCCAGGUUUACCACUGUGAUUUUUCCAGUGAGAAAUCUCUAGUCUUUUAUUUGUAAAAGUUUGAUUCUUGAACAAUUGUGCCACUUCAAAUGAAGGAGCAAAUACCAGAAGAACUAGCUAGCUUAUUGGUUCACAUGCAAAUAGAAACAGAAACAAGGCUGAAACUUAAAUCUUUAAUUCCAAGGGAUCAUUUUAUUACCCUUGCCUUGUGAAUCAAAAUUGGGAAUGAAGUCUCAUAAGAAAGAGGCCAUUUACAUUAGGCAUGUGAAUAUAGACAGUUCCCAGGAAAUAAGCAAAGGGAGUUAAGUUUAUGGCUAUUUCAAGGCUUGUCAUAAAUGAGAUCUCCUUGGUAUAACCCACAUUUCAACACAGUAAGUAGAGACUACUACUUAGUAGAAGCUGGAAUAAAUAUAAAUGGUAAAAAGCUUGAUUAAGAACUGAGUCAAUCAGAAUUAAUUAAAUCAGCUACACUUCAGGAAAGGAAACCAAACCAACAUUUCACUACACUGUGGACUACUUGUACCCAACAACCUGAGCUCCUUUUAAAAAAAAAUGUAGAUUCCUGGCCCUAUCCCCGGUUGUAUUUAUUAAACUCUGCAGGACUAGGAGUCUGUUUUUUUUUUAAGAUUUAUUUAUUUAUACAACCACUGGGUACAGUCAGAAGCACGGGAGGGUGAGAGAAUUCACCAGUGCCAGAGCGGGGAGCAGAGCAGGCAGAAGGACCAAAGCACACUGCUGAGGGGAGCAGCGGGCGGCAGGAGAGGUCUGCGCGCCAUGUGGGACCCUCCUCCGGUGACCGGGGAGCAGCCAGGGAUCGAACCGACGCUGCAGAGGCUGCGGCCAGCUUUGCAACCCAGCGCUCAACCGCUGAGCCACCAGGAGGCCCGAGUCUGUAUUUUUAAACAACCAAUGGGUGAUUCAUAGUUUGAGAGCUACUGGUAUAGGUGAUGUGUAGAUAUGAGACAGAGAAAGCCAGAUAAAGAAUGGAGAAAUAAAAAGAUAGAAUGGGCAAGGAAAAGGAUACAGCAGAUACCAAGGCACUUUGUCUAUGAAUCUAUAUAUAAAAUAAAACUUAAGGCUGUAACCUACUUAACAAAUAGAAACUUAGUAACCUAAUGCUGGUAAGCUAAAAUAUUUGAGAGAUACUGAAAACUUCACUUCUUUAAAUUUUAAAAUGUGUUUAAGAUUUCUCAGCAGCUGUUUGAGCAACAUACAAAUAUCAAAUGCUAGCUAGUAUCAGCACCAAAUUAUAAAUUUGUGUUUAGUCUCAUUCCUGGAUCUAUUUUGUAUAAUCACUUAUUUGUUCAUUUAAUUUUCUCACCUUUUAUUUUGUUGUCUUGUUGUAUUCCAUGUACAAUAUACUUUUUGGAAAAAAGUUUGUUUGGAAUCAAUCACCAGCAUUCAAACAAACAAAACCUUUCAGUGAAUUCCAAAAGUGUAUUAAUAGGCCUUCCUAUGAGAGAUGAUGAACAAAAGAAGUGAAAUAAUGGCGGGACCAGUCCCUGGUAAUAUAAUUAGUGGCAAAACUUUUGAGUCCUUUGACAAUUGAUUCUAUGAUAUAAGCAAAACGGCACAAGCAUUAGAAGUUCCUGUGUUCAGAGGUAGACAAUCUACAAUGCAAUCAGUAAGGCCAGAGUAAACUUUUAAACUUGCUACUCCCCAUUGCAAUACCCAUUUACCUUUAUUCACAGAAUACAUUCUUGUAGACUUAAUUAUUUAGGUUUGGUUCCCUAUAAAUCAUAAAAAUACUCAAGUUUUUCAGGAACCUACCAGUCUUAAGGAAUCACAUCUGCUUCUCAAGAGCAGAAAAGGGUACAUUUUCAUCUUAAUACCUGGCACAAAAUCAUAGUCAAAACUUGACAAUAGAAAAAUACUUGUCAAAAUAAUAUGAAAGUUUACUGAACUGUUGUACAAUGUUGCACUGUAACAGCUCCUCUCUGAAUCCAAGUGGUACAUCAGACCUUUUCAUAUCUCAGUAGUUCUACUUAAAACAGCAGAACACUGGACCAGUUUGUUAAUCACAUAGCAGUCUCACAAAUUAAGAGUCUAAACACCCAUUAAAGCAAAAAUAUCAUCAAUGUCAUCUCUCUCCUUUUUGGAGGUUGGUGUAUUAUGUUUACUGAUUUGCAUCGUCCACGAGUCAGUUUCAUUUUCAUUGUUUCCUGCAAGAUUUUCAUGAAUUUGUUUCUCCUUAGUUUGUAUGACAGGAUCUGAAACCCGGCUACUCAAGAGUUGCUUACUGUCCGUGUAGAGAGCAGUUCUAUGAACUGCACGGUAAGAGAGUCUCCGUUCCCUUUUAUCUGUAGCACUCCGAGUCCCUUGAGAGGACUGCUGAAUUUCCUUUAAAAGAGUCGACUGCAGCUUUCUCUGUGGUUUCCUCUGUCUCAGUAAAAACUUAUUCUGUGAUCUUUGUCUCAGAUGAUGCUUUGAAAUUUUGUUAUGUAAGCCACGAAGAAAGCAGUUGCAAAUAGAUGUUUUUAUGCACUCUAGUUUCUUUGGCAAACUAAAGAAUGGAGAGAAAGGAAAAUCUGAGAUUAAGGGAUAGGAAAAACAUUUAAAAAAUUUAAUUUGUCUGCUUUCUAGCAACUUCCAACAGGAAAAUACACAAUUUAUCUGCAAGCAAUGCUUGUGUACAACCACAGAAUACUAGCAAAAGAAUAAAGAAAUUGAAGCUUUGAACCAGAUCUGUUUACAAAGUAUACUUACCUCUCGUAUAAUCUUAGGCAGAUGUGUCCCCAUUAUGUUCCCAAAUAAUGUAGCUCCUAUAACUACCUAGCAAGGUAGCUGAAUGGUGAGAUAUUGCCACCAUUUAGCACUAAACCUUCUACCUGAUAGAUGCUAAUCAUCAUAAUUUAAGUGGUGGAACUGGGAGGUGAAUCACAAACAGAAAAAUCUGCCAGAAUUUAUUCAUCCAUCAACUCUGUGUUGUAGCAGGAAAUAAAAAGAAAAAGGAAUAAAAGUGAAUAGUUAUGGAAAAAGGAAUAAAAGUGAAGAGGGAGUCUGUAUAGGAAUGACAGAUUAAACUGACAGCCUUUAGCUACUCUAAUUGUGAUUUAUGAUUUACAUCACCUUCAAGCUUGGGAAUUCAGAAUUCGAAUAGAGACAAUUUUAUAUGUUUUGCUUCUGAAUAGGGUACACCGUUACAGGUAUAUUAGUGCCUGGCUAAAUGCUACACUGAUAAAUUUCAAAAGAUGAUCACAGGUCUGUACUUCCUGUCCCUGCCCCCUUCCUGACAUUGAAGAAACGCGUUAUGAUGCAGUAAGUCAUAAUCUGUUUCCAAGCCAUUUUCCUGUCUUAUGAUAGCAGUGACUUUGAAGUGGGUUAAGGGUACCUCCCAACUGAAAUUAAACAUUCUGAGAUCUAAAUCUACAACUCUAACACCCUGAGCAAAAUCCUCCAUUUCCUCAUUUAUAAAAUGAGACUACUAUCUACCUGACAGAGUUACGGCAUUUAAGUAAAUUUAAAAUGUACUACAAAUACAGGGAGUUUGAAAGAACAGGAUACUUCAUGGGAUACAAAAUAAAUGUUUAACCAAACUGAUAAACGCCAGUUUGUUACCCUUACUAACCACCUUAUCUAUUGACUUGAACUCAAUCUUGAACAAUUCUCUGUUUCUUGGGCUGAGUUUCCAUCCUAGAAUAGGUAACAUUCCUUUUAGAUGCCUACAGGCUUUUUAGGGUAACCCAAUGUAAAGAAUCUUCCAGCAAUCCAUUCCUCAGGAAUACCUACCAGUCCCACAGUUUUGUUUUGUUUUUUAAUCAAAACUUGCUUUAAAACCCUAUUAUAUAUCAAAUUUCUUACUAAAAUGGAAAUACCUUUUCCAUAAUUUUUAAAAGAAAAUUCAAUGUGUUUUAAAUAGCUGAAGAAAGUGAUUCAUGGUAAGCACUAUAAAGCCCUAAAUAUGUUUAUAGAGAUAAGAAAUUUUUUUGAUGCACAGAAUAAUUUCUUGAAGGAUACAUAAUUGCUCAGAAUGACCACUUUUGUGAAGGAAAAAUAAGGAUCUUUAUAGCCAUUUGUAUCUGAAAUGACCUAGCAUUUUUCAAUAAAAAUAUAAAACCCUGAAAUAUCUAGCUUCAUGUACUACAAUACUGGUUCACAAAGAUAACCAUCCCUAAACAGUUCUACGAAGGUUAAGAAUCAACAAGAAAUGGAAGAAAUAAAUAUACAUACACAAGCGUAGCUCCUGUGGAAGAACAUUACCUGGCCCUAACCCCUGUCUGGUAUAUGCCUUCAUAGGGAGGUAGGCAUCUUUUGCUUCUGCUCAUAUCCCUUCAUCAUUGUACUGAAGCUGUGAGCAGAAUGGCCAUCUCCUACGAGAGCAAGAUCUCCACGUGGAUUAACUCUGCCUGAUGUACUCUUGUAUCCCCAGGCUCAGAUAUCAGACAUUACUAAUACUUUCUGAAUGAAUGGAUGGAAUGCUGAAGAGUGACAGUAAGUCAAAUUAUCCAAAUUUCCUUCCUCCCAAUGACCUAUCUGUGCCCUACAAAAGAGCAAAUAAAAUUGCAGUUUCAAUAGAUCCCAUUUUUAGCCCCUCUAGGUCAUAGACAUCCUAUUUUAAAGAAAGCUGACUUGAAUUUAUGUACUUUUAAAUCUAUAUGUCAACAGAAAAAGUAAAGGAACAUACUUUUUGUAAUACACUUACCUAUAGCCUUGAGCUUCCACAUGCUUAAACCGGUUACUUUUAAGAAGUUUGUUACCCAGAAAGAUGGCCUGCACCUUGAGUUUUUUGUUUCUGCACCACAGAAUCGCCAUUUGGAUUUCUUCAGAAAGUUGUGUGAAUGUCUCAGCCUCUCGGAAUCUUUUCACAAAUUUUUUGACACAGUGAAUGUCUAUCACUUUCCGAGAAGAAUGUUUGCUUGCCUUUAGUUUGGAUGGAGAACAUUUAAACUCCAAGUUGGUCUCCUGAAAUAUGAAAAAAAUAUAUUGAAUUCACACUGACAAUAGAGAAAAACUAUCGAAAUUUGAAAAUCAGUUCUUAAAAGAAGGAAAACUUUUAAGCUCACUGUACAAAACUGCCAGGGCUCAAACCAUUUCUGUCUGACUGCGUAGCCCCACACUUUAAGCUGCAGCACAGUCCACACCUGUGAUGGAUCCUCUGGUGUCUUCACAAUCAUAGUGAAACUAAACUCUUGGUACAGUGUUCCUGGAGGCACUCUACUAACUGAAUUAUCUGUGUGCACUCAAAUUCUGGGGGUGUUCCUGUGCACUCAGAAGCUCAAACUGAAAAACUAAAGCUUAGAAGCUGGGGAUACUCAAUUUCUGCCCUUGGUAAAUGGCAUCCACUCAACAAGCAGAAAUUAUAAACUUUAUUAAAAUAAGCCCGACAAACCUGAAUAGCUUUGUGUUUCAGCUGUGUGCAGAAAGCCCUCACGUCAAAUUUUGAUGAUGCUUCUGUAGAGAUAGAUCAAAAACUUUAGCCAUAGUAUUUUCAAAUUUUAAGUGCAUAACAACAUUUCUUGCCAAAUUACUACAAAAGAAAUGAAAGCAAUUGAAAGCAGUUAAAGAACUAUGAAAUAACUAAAACAAGCAACUUUGAAUGCUUGAGCUUAGAAUUAUUAUAUCUCUAUAAUCAACGUGGGUUAAAAUUAAGAAAGGAGAUGCUCAAUUUCUUUCUAUACAAUAAUUAUAAUUUCAACAAUUUUUUUUUUAAAAAUCAGAGUAUGUACUGUAGCAAAGGAAAUUACCUUUGAAGAUUUUCCUGUUUUUCACUGGCUGUCCAAGAUCCACAUUA